AUGCGUCUCGCCAAACUCAACCGUUCGAUGUCCCAUCGGAGGGCUAUGUUCAGAAACUUAGUGUCAGCUCUGAUCGAACACGAGCAAAUCAAAACGACGUUUCCCAAAGCCAAGGCGAUAUCAAGACUGGCCGAACGAGUCAUUACUUGGUCCAAGUAUGGAACCGAAAAUAUUUUUUAUCAGCGGAAAGCGGAGUCUUACCUCAUGAAUUGGGUUCAAGUACGAAAACACCUCUUUCAUAAUUUGGCAAAGCGAUAUGAGACUCGAUGUGGCGGAUACACUAGGAUUCACCGCGUGGGAUUUCGAGCAAAUGAUCAUGCGCCUUUGGCAAUAAUAGAACUCGUUGAUAACGCUCGUGACUUAAAACGUGAUAAAGUAAUACGAACGAUAUCGCGGGAGCUUGCUCAACUUGAAAUUUCAUCAAAGUCGACUAAUUCGAACACCACUUCUGAUAGUAUCAAAUCAAAAAUCCCAGUGGCCGUGUGGCGAAACGUUCCUUGCAAAUCCGAAGCCCAAGCGAAACAAGCUAUCGAAGAAUUCCAGCGACUGCUACCCGAGAUGACGAAGAAGAACUUGAAAAAAGUUCUAAGUGAGCAAUACGUUCAAGCUUAUCAAUACUGCCAACCCCCUGAGAUCCCAACCAAGGAAGAAGCUUUAAUUGAGGCCGCUCAUGCGAAAAAGUUACGGCGAGACUUACUUCGCAAAGCCGCCGAAAGCAUCGACGCAUCCAAUGAAUCCGCUCGACACACGACCGUAUCUCUUCUCAGUCGCACUCCAACCCCCAAGGCCAAAAUCGGAAACCUUGCUCAUGUCAAAGGCAUCCCUCGCCCACUCGGUCCAUAUUCAGAUUUUCUUUAUCACAUUAGAUUACAUUUCCAUCGUAAUCUCGCCUUACUGGACCCGAAUAAGCUGGCCGGUCGUCUCAACAAAGGCUUUCCAACUCCUAAACCCAGUCUUGAAGAAUCAAAGAUCCUAGAUCAAAUACCAUCGUUUGAAAACGCUUGA